CCGCAUUGUACAUGUAUGAUUUGCAUGUGCACAUAACGUUAUCAAUAUCAUUGCAUUGCGAAGGUUACGGUAUGUUGACAAUUCUGACAAGGUAACUCUGCGCGAAAGAUAUUGCCAAAAUGGCUUCGGGGUCGAUAGAUUUACGACAUAAACUCGACUCUCAUCAUCGUCGUAGUCACAACAAGCAGAACCGUCGAAUGCCAAGUGGUGAUGACUCUGAUUUCACAGUUGCACCGCGCCGCAAGAGGCGACGUCGUGAUCGCAAUCAUCACUGGCAGCCGAGAUCCUUCGAGGAUGAAAUGGAGGAAGUGAAGAAGAUUCACUCCGGUGUGGCUCAGAUGCAACUCUUCACUGAGGAAGAAUGCAGCGAGAUCGAGGACAAAAUCAACGAGGUCGUCGACAUAGCAGAGAAGGGGCUGUAUCGAGAUCAUACGGUCGACCGAGCUCCCCUGCGCAAUAAGUACUUCUUCGGGGAGGGCUACACUUACGGCUCGCAGCUGAGCAAGAAAGGCCCGGGGCAGGAAAGAUUGUACCCGCCAGGAGAAGUGGAUGACAUACCGCAGUGGGUUCAGGAUCUUGUCGUCAGCAGGGUUGUAGAAGCCGGAUUAGUUCCUCAUGGAUUCAUCAACAGUGCUGUGAUCAAUGACUACCAGCCCGGAGGUUGCAUCGUCUCACACGUUGACCCCAUCCAUAUCUUCGACAGGCCCAUCAUCUCGGUCUCGUUCCUCAGUGACUGUGCACUCAGCUUUGGUUGCAAGUUCUCCUUUCGACCUAUCAGGGUAUCCAAACCCAAGGCCUGUAUCCCCCUGCCCAGAGGCUGCGUUAUGACUCUCAGUGGAUAUGCUGCUGAUGAAGUCACUCAUUGCAUCAGACCACAAGAUGUCACUGCAAGAAGGGCUGUUAUUAUUCUACGACGAGUAUUUCCAGAAGCCCCAAGACUGGAGCCUGUUGGCUUACCUUCUCCUGCACCUGUAUUAUCAUCAUCCAGCAAUGAUGUGAAAAAACAUGGACAUGAAAAACAGAAUAAAGAGGAUGAAAAAACAUCCUCAUCUCAUCCAAAGCAUCAUCGACAUCAUCAUCAUCACCGCCACCAUCAUCAUCACCAUGGAAACCAUGAUGAUGAUGAUGAUGCGGAUAAGAGCAAGGUUAAGAUGAAAUCAUCGGUAGCAGUGGUCGGAUCUGUAGACGGGAUAAUGCCAUCAAAUGGGGUUGAAAUUCAUCCCAGCGGGCUGGAAGAUGAUGGGGAGGGAAAAAAGGGCGCGUCCAGGCGGUCUCCGAGAAAGGGGUCAUCCCCUAGGGGGAUACCGGGGGAUGAGACGGGUCAAUGUCACACCAAGCAAGAAGAGGUAGGCAAGAGCCCUCAUAGGGAGGACAAUGACAGUAAUGGACAUGGUAGGCCUCGGAAGAGACGAACAGAGGAAACAGGAGAAGGUGACAGGGAUGGUGGCACCAAUCAUCACCAUGGCAACAAGAAAAUCAAGAUCAGCAGGCCUCCACCUCCUUCUUGAAGUUGUAUUUAAAGAAGAUUGGGAGUGAACAAAACAUCAAGAGAGGGAUUUUCAUUUGAUGUUUGAAGUACAUAAAAUUUAAAUUUCCUGUUCUACAAGUUGGUAUUGUGCACUAUCUGUUAAGGAUGGACUUAUUCAAUUUGAAAUAUUGCAUGUAUCAAAUAAGAUAUUGACUUUCAACACAGGUAAGUGAAGUUGUGUAUGCUUAUUCAUACGUUAUAUAGCACCUAUUCAUGCUAUAUAAAUCUUGAAAAUGCUAUUCAAAUGUUGAAUGAUUUUUAUAAAUUAAUUUGCCUAUACGUGAACCAAGAUAUCACUUGCAGUUAUAUUCAAACAGUUUGCAAAGGAUGCAUUUUCAUUCUCUAAAAAAAAACAUUUUGUUUGAAUUAUAUUAUUGUGAAUUAUGUGAAGAACCCAAGUACUCUGUUCAAGAAUAUUUUUCUUGCUGAUGUCAAAACCUAAUAAAUAGGUGAGAUUAGAACAUAGACAUUGCAUAACUUUUGACAGUUUCUCCAUUCUGGGGAAGUAAUAUUUUGUAUAUGCAUUCACUGAAUUGAUAUACCGGUAUUUGAUAAAUAGAUAUCCUAUCUUCUGGAACACCUGUAUUUUUAUGUCAUGAACCAUUUUUAACACCUGAAAUAUAUCACCUAGACACCGUACAAAGGACAUCUCAAUAUACAAAGAUUUUUGUUGUUGUUGUUUUUUUUUUUGCUUUCCUUUUUAAAAAAUUGUAAGUGUCCAGAAUCCUCUUUCCGUGGCAUAUUGAAUUAAGGUUGUAUACUUUCUCAAGUAUGGACAACUAAUGAACUCUAUUAAUAACCUUACUUUCACUUUAGUUUUACAAUCACCAAAAUGUGUUUUGCUCUUGAUGUAAAGGGUUCCAUGUGGCUAUACUUUAGUCAAAAUAUGAGCUCCAAAUACAAACAAAAUUGCAGUUCAUAUACAUUUUCAGUGAACAGUAAACGUCUUGUUCGGUAGACUUGGGUUCCAUGCGAGUCAUAGACGUUGAGUUUUAAAGGUAAAGACCAGUAUUGGAAACGCCCCAAUUUCAAAAAAUGAAAUGGAAGCUCUUAUUUCCAAUCAUGUGAAAGAAUA